AGCUCCAUUUCAACAUAACCACAACGAGCUAACCUUGACUUGAAGAGGUGUAAUCCAAGAAUCAAAACCAGAUGUCGGCUUUGCUCCUCUUUGUGAUGCUGACAGCCUGCGCUGCAAGUCCGCAGGAUCUUUCAGGAAAAAUGUUUACAUUUCCACAAGAAACCAACACAGCCAGCGUGAAGCUGAAUAUAGCCACACAUAAUUUAGAUGCGGUGACAGUCUGUCUCAGGUUCUUUACAGACCUCCAGAGAGCCCAUGGCCUAUUUUCUCUGGCCACACCGUCUUCUCAUAAUGGCUUUCUGAUAUUUAAAGAGUCAACUGCCGAUACAGUUGGUUUAUAUGUGAACAAUAAAGCAGUGCCAUAUGUAGUGGGCUACAAGUUGAAUACAUGGCACUCUGUGUGUUCCACGUGGGACGCUGAUUCUGGAUUAGGCCAGCUGUGGUUUAAUGGACAGCCUUUAGCUCGGAAGUUCCUCAGUAAAUCGCAGAUCAGUAAACCAAUUGUUGUCCUAGGACAGGAACAGGACAGUUAUGCUGGUUCGUUUGACACCAAGCAGUCUUUUACUGGCAUGAUGGCCGAUGUUCACAUGUGGAACUACGUCUUGUCUCCCUGUGAAAUCCAGAACUAUGUGGAUAACUUGAUUUUCACUCCAGGGAAUGUGCUGAACUGGGAGGCCCUGACAUUUGAUGUUACUGGCAGAGUGUUGAUAGAAGAAAUGCAAACAAACUGUCACGAGCGCUACUACACAAAAAAGCCUUGUCUAAACAAGUCUGGCUACUAAGGGGUAAACGUUCUUUAGCUGUGAACAUAAUCACAAUAAUGUGUGUUAGAAAAGGGGGGUAUUUGAUCUGAGUAAAUUUCUAACAAAAUGUAUAAUCAUUUAAAUUAUGUAUAACUGGUGAAUAUUACUUAACCAGGUAAUUGAAUUGAAACAACAUUGUACGGAGGCUUCCAUAUUAUGUACAGCACUUUAACCAAAUUUACACAAACAUUAUUUUUUCUUUUGCAGUUGAAUAUUAUGCACUGUCUUCAUCAGAUUUCUUUCUCAUUUUCUCCAUAUCCAUGGAAAGGAGAGACAUUCCUUGCUCCUGACUUUAUGUCAGAUAGAUACAAUUUUACAACUCUUAAUUAAACCAAGCAGUAAGAUAACACUUUAGGCUUUUCUCCACUGGGGUUAAAAGAUUAUUUUUCAAAUGUGCAUCUUCAUGUUAGCAAACUAAAAUUUUAAUUGGAACAUAGACCACUUUACAACUCUCACACCUAAGUAAAUGGCUUAAUACUCCAAAUAUUACCAACAAUUAUGUUAAUUUGUGUACCAUUGUCAACCAAAAGUAUUUGGUAGACAAUCUACAUGAUGAACAUACUGUAUAAUUGCCUAACUAUAAGAAUAGUAAAUGCAUCUGUGAAGGUAGGUAGACCAGAAAAAUUCUGAAAAAGAACAAAUUCACAUUUUACAAUACCUAGAGUAUCAAAUUUAGCCUAGGGAAGAGAGAACUGCUGCUCUUCCUUAAGAUUGUGUAAUUAAAUUUAACAUUUGGAAUUAAGAAUAAAUAAAGACAAACUGGAUAAAACUGUCCAUGAAUAAGUUUUUGGUGCAAGUCUUAUUUCAUUAUUAUAGUCUCAGUUAUUUGUUGAUGGUGUUCUUUAAGAAGGUUAUCAUAUAAGUAUGCAUAUAAGUAAUUUUGUCAAGUUGGUCAGCGUUGUUCAUUUACUUUGCCCUCACUUUUCUUCCGAGGUGUUGUCUUUGUUGCUGUGUUGUGUUAACAUUUUAUUUUACUCAUAAUCUACUUUGCAGCAUUAUUAUCUUAGCCAAUUCAUUCAGAAAUAACAUGAAUCAGAAUUUUAUUCAACCCUGUUUUAUUAAUCUGAAUAAUGAUGUUUUGUACAUGUACUUUCUAUGCAGUUUUACCAACCAGUUAAACAUAUGGAAAAACACUUGUUUAGAUUUAGAAUUAUUAUGUGACAAACAAAUCCAUAAUAUUUGUUGAGGUAGAACUAAAACUUGCUUCAGUCCUCUCGCAUUCUAAAUUCCUUCACUUUCCACAUUUUUAGGAGAAUUUACAUUUUAAUUCACAAGAGAGAAACUCUGAUUAGGGGCAAUUUAUAGGAAUUUUAACUGAUAAUGUUUGAAUGUUUGCAAUGUAUAUAUUCUGAGACACAAAAUAAAACAAUCACAACUCCACAGGAUUGUACAUGAUUGACUGAUUUAAAGUUUAAGAGACUGCUGCUACAAUUGUUUUUUGUGGUCCAUGCUCUAUCGAAAGCAAAGGUUUUAAUUAAAAUGAUGUGAA